UGCCUUUUAAGCACUCUUUCGUCCCCAACUUUACACCUCUACAUGUCUCAUAUCUCUCUGUCUGUCCAACGAUCCCUCUCCUUUGUCAUCUCCGUCUCCAUCUCCCAAGCACCGGAGAGGAGAGCUAGCAUGCCUGGAUGUCCACGGAGAGGGAGAGACUCGAUGAGAUCGGGAAGAUCAAGCGAGAGCCGGAUACAGCCGCCCUCGCUGUCGCUGCCGCAUCCGCCUCCACCGUGCCGGCCGACAACCACAUCCCACGCCGCCUCGGCCACGGCGGUGCCCUCAACACCUUGACGCCGUGCGCCGCGUGCAAGCUCCUCCGCCGCCGCUGCGCGCAGGAAUGCCCCUUCGCCCCUUACUUCUCGCCGCAUGAGCCCCACAAAUUCGCCGCCGUCCACAAGGUCUUCGGCGCUAGCAACGUCUCCAAGAUGCUCUUGGAGGUGGUGGAGGGGGAGAGGGCGGACACAGCGAGCAGCCUGGUGUACGAAGCGAACCUCCGGUUGCGGGAUCCGGUGUACGGAUGCAUGGGCGCCAUCUCCAUUCUCCAGCAACAGGUGAACGCGCUGGAGGCCGAGCUGGAGGCAGUGAGGGCCGAGAUCCUCAAGCACAGGUACCGGCAGGCCACCGGCAACCGUCUCAUGGACGACGUGCGUGCCACGGCCAGCUUCGUCUUGGCUCCUGCGUCCGCUCCGAUGCACGUUAAUGACGUUGUAUCAGUGGUGGAGGCAGGCCAAGAGGUCACCGCCACCGGCGGCGCGUCGGGGGUGUACAUUGCGGAAGCCGAGCAGCCGUCAAGUACUAAUAACUAUAGCUCCCUUAACCCAAGUGAGCAUCCUGCAUACUUUGGUUGACAAUAAGCAUGGAUUUAUUUAACAUUUUGGUGGGAUCACAGUAGUAGAAAGUUUGGAUGAAUAAACUGUGUGCAAGUUUAAUUAUAUAUACAAGUUUUCUAGAAAUAGGUUAUAGAUGUGGAUAUGUAUAUUGGGUGACUAAAAAGUUCAUCCAAUAUUAUGGAAUAUAUGUACCAUUAUUUUCUUGU